ACAGAUAUGCAGGCCCUCUGUUGAUCAUUUCAUGCCACUCAUUAUUGGACGGAAAUCUGCAGUUGAAAAAUAAGUAGCCAUGGCUGUCGAUCUUGAACUGAAAAAGGCUUUCCAGGAGCAGCAGAUCCGUAUGAUUGAGACGACGCAGCAGCUCAAGAUAGCUGACAUGCAGGUGGAGCAGCUGAAGAGAAAGCAGCAGCAUUGCCGACUGACGGCCGCAGAGCUGGGCGCCCUUCCCGGAGAAACCAGGGUCUUCGAAGGAGUAGGAAGAAUGUUCUUAUUGCAAGACAUGGAAGGAAUUCAAUCGGUACUUGCAAGCAGAGUCAAUGAGGCAGAGAAACAAGUACAGAAAGUGCAGAGUAACAAGACCUACCUUGAGCGAACCUUGAAGGACAGCGAAAGCAAUCUCAGGGAACUGGUCGCGUCAAAAAGAGCAGCGAAACCCUAGCGUCACGUCCAGCAGUAGAUCCAGUUAGCUUGUACGAUAGUAGUCAUCUGUUUAUACACAUGUAGUACUGAACAGGAAAGAGUGAUGCUGUGUUUUCUGUAAUGUUAUCUUGAGAAACAGAAGGGCGAUAUGGACUUUGUAGGCAUCAAGAGACCUUCUGUUUCUGAUCUCGUGAUAUUAUUUAUGCUUUUUUAAGCCCACCAUGCACUUUGUUAUUGCAUUU